GUCUCAAGGCACACAACCAACACUUGUUCCUUCUCCUAGCUCGAGCUUCCGCUAGUGACCAUGGCAUUCCCACUCCACGGGUCCUCUUCUGUUCUUUCCUUCAUUGUUUUGCUUGCUCUGUCUUCUCUCCUCAGCCCUUGCAAUUGUUUCAACCCCAAGCGCUUAAACUUCUCGUCCUCUGCUCUUGAGGGCUGGUCGCCGGCGGGAGCCACCUGGUAUGGAAGUGCUCAUGGCGCCGGAAGUGACGGCGGUGCAUGCGGAUAUGGUAACGGAGUUGACCGUGCUCCAUUCUCUUCCAUGAUAGCAGCAGGUAGUCCUUCUAUCUUCAAGUCAGGCGAGGGCUGCGGUGCUUGUUAUCAGAUCCGAUGCACUAAGAACGCUGCAUGCUCUGGGAACCCGGCGACGAUUGUGCUCACGGAUGAGUGCCCUGGCGGUAUAUGUCUCGCCGAGCCCGUCCACUUCGACCUCAGCGGCACCGCAUUCGGGGCCAUGGCAAAACCUGGACAGUCAGAUCAGCUUCGCAACGCCGGAGUUCUCCAAAUACAGUACACUCGAGUGGAGUGCAACUACGCAGGCAUCGACGUCGCCUUCCAUGUGGACGUCGGCUCCAACCCAUACUACAUCGCGGUGCUCAUCGAAUACGAAGGAGGGGACGGAGAUCUCGCGUGUGUGGACAUCAAGGAGGGAGCGUCGUCGUCGUCGUCGACGCCGAGCUCCUCAUGGAUCCCGAUGACACAGUCGUGGGGCGCUGAGUGGAGGCUGAACUCAGGGCCGAAGCUGCGGCCGCCGUUCUCCUUCCGCCUGACCUCCGGCUUGUCGCGGAAGGUUCUCGUGGCCAACAAUGUGAUUCCGGUGGGUUGGCAGCCAGGGGCCACCUACAGAUCGCUGGUGAACUACAGCGACUAAGUAUUCCAUGUUCGGAACUUUAAUUACUGGUACUGUGCUGCUUUACGUUGA